AUGAAUACUCCCGUUCGAUACAGUCAAAUUCCUACGGUUGAAGAUUCACUUGAUAUGUCGUGUGAUUAUACCGAAGUUGGCAACGUCAUACCGAGCGAAAGUCAAACAACACACUUAAACAACAAUAACGUAAUCACUAUGGACAAAAUAAGUGAGUUGCUUGAUCAAAAAUUGAACACCACACUACAAGCACAUAUGAACAAUCUUCGUUUGACACUACGAGAAGAUAUAAAAACUCUAGUGCGUGCCGAAAUGGAUGCAGCAAUACAAAAUUUAAAAGACGAAUUCUCUUCAACUACUGAUUUCAUCUGCGCUGAACAAGAAAAUUUAAAAAAAGAAGUUGACAUUAAAACAAAACUUAUUUCUAGUUUGGAGACUGAGAACUCACGGUUACGUAACGACGUGCAGAAGAUCAACAAUCGUAUAUGUAUGCUUGAAAAAAGUUCCCGUAACCAUAACGUCGAGAUACAAGCCGUGCCGGAGUCGCGUAAUGAAAACGUCAUGGAUCUGUUUAAAAGAUUAUGUGAAAUCAUUAAUGUACCCCUCGAUCCCAUACAAAUUCACGCAUGCCGCCGUGUCGCCAAAUUAAAUCCAUCCUCAGCUCGACCGCGUAAUAUUCUGGUUACCUUAAGCUCUCCUUACAUAAGAGACACCAUCCUAUCAGCUGUACACAGAUACAAUAAAAGCCAUCCAAAAGAAACAUUAAACUCGAGCCUUAUAGGAGUUACUGGCGAGUCAAGAAAAAUCUAUGUAACGGAACACCUAUCCCCAGAAUGUAAAAUGAUUCACGCCUCCGCACGGAAAGUCUCUAAAGAGAAACAAUAUAGAUAUGUCUGGGUCAAGUAUGGAAACGUCUAUAUGCGCAAAAACGAAUCGUCGUCUGCCAUCCUUAUCAAAAACGAAGAAUGCUUAAAAAACUUAAAAUAA